AUGUCGAAAGGAAAGGUUUGCGUCGCCUUCAGCGGUGGUCUCGACACCAGUGUCAUCUUGAAAUGGCUCAUUGACGAGGGCUACGAGGUUGUUGCUUUCACUGCCGAUGUUGGCCAGGAAGAGGACUUUGACGCUAUCCGGGAGAAGGCUCUGAAGCUUGGUGCCGUCAAGUGCGAGAUUGCCGACCUCCGCCGGGAGUUCAUUGAGCAGCUCUGCUUCCCCGCCAUUGCCUGCAAUGCUAUCUACGAGAACGUCUACCUUCUGGGAACUUCUCUGGCCCGUCCCGUCAUUGCUCGUGCUCAGAUCGAGGUCGCCAAGAGGGAAGGAUGCUUCGCUGUUUCCCACGGUUGCACCGGCAAGGGUAACGACCAGGUCCGUUUCGAGCUUGCCUUCUACGCCCUGCAGCCCGAUAUCAAGGUCAUUGCCCCUUGGCGUGACCCUGCUUUCUACAACCGCUUCGCCGGUCGCAACGACCUGCUCUCCUACGCCGCCGAGAAGGGCAUUCCCGUGACCUCCACCAAGUCCAAGCCCUGGUCUAUGGACGAGAACUUGGCCCACUGCUCCUACGAGGCCGGUAUCCUUGAGGACCCCGACGUCACUCCCCCCUCCGACAUGUGGAAGCUCACCCAGGACCCUCUCACCGCCCCUGACCAGCCCGAGGAUUUCACUGUCCACUUCGAGAAGGGUAUUCCCGUCAAGCUGGAAUACACUGAGGGUGGCCAGAAGAAGGUCGCUACCGACGCUGUCGACCUGUUCCUGACCGCCAACGCUAUUGCUCGCCGCAACGGCGUUGGUCGUAUUGACAUUGUUGAGAACCGUUUCAUCGGUAUCAAGUCUCGUGGUUGCUACGAGACCCCUGGUCUCACCUGUCUGCGCGCUGCUCACAUUGAUCUGGAAGGUCUGGUUCUGGACCGUGAAGUCCGUGCUCUGCGUGACCAAUUCGUCACCUACAACUACUCCAAGCUCCUCUACAACGGUCUCUACUUCUCUCCCGAGCGGGAAUUCCUCGAGUCUUCCAUCACUGCUUCCCAGAAGACCGUCAACGGACAGGUCCGUUGCCGCGCCUACAAGGGCAGCGUUUCCAUUCUCGGCCGUUCCUCCGAGACCGAGAAGCUGUACGACAUGUCCGAGUCCAGCAUGGACGAGAUUGGUGACUUUGCUCCCACCGAAACCACCGGCUUCAUUGGCGUGUCCGCUAUCCGUCUGAAGAAGUACGGCCAGAUGAAGCAGGCCAACGGCGAGAAGAUGUAA